AUGGCUUCUAGCUCAAAGACAAAUAGCUUCUUCAUAGUACUAGCAACACUAGUAGCGUCUAGUCUCCUCUUCGCGCAAACAACCGAUGCAGCUGGCUAUAGCCGGGCCGUCAGACGCGUGCCCGUCUUCCGGCCCAGUCAAUGGUCCCUAGCCCACGCCACAUUUUACGGCGACGAGACUGCUUCUGCAACCAUGGGAGGAGCUUGUGGGUACGGAAACUUGUUCCAAAACGGGUACGGAACCAACACGGCCGCACUGAGCACAACUCUGUUCAACAACGGCUACUCCUGUGGCGCGUGCUUCCAGAUCAAAUGCGUGAACUCCCCUCACUGCUACUCAUCCUACGGCUCGACGCCGUCCAUCACCGUGACGGCCACCAACAUCUGCCCGCCGAACUGGUCCCAGGACUCCAACAACGGCGGAUGGUGCAACCCUCCCAGAUCCCACUUCGACAUGUCGAAGCCGGCGUUCAUGAGGAUCGCGGAGUGGAAGGCCGGGAUCAUCCCCGUCAUGUUUCGAAGGGUUCCCUGCGCGCCGAAAGGCGGCAUCAGGUUCCAGUUCCAAGGCAACGGGUACUGGCUGUUGGUGUACGUGAUGAACGUGGCUGGAGGUGGCGACAUUGCGCAGAUGUGGGUGAAGGGAAGCAAGACCGGGUGGAUUAGCAUGAGCCAUAACUGGGGAGCUUCCUACCAGGCGUUCUCGAGCUUGGGUGGGCAGUCGUUGUCUUUCAGGGUGCAAUCCUACUCGACUAAGGAGAUUGUAUAUGCUUUGAACGUUGCACCUUCGAAUUGGAACACUGGGUCGACUUACAAGUCCAAUGUCAACUUCCACUAG